GUCUACCUCUCUCUUAAAAUCACUUUCCAUAACUCACAUUCAUUCUUUGCUUCAUCCCUCUUAUAUCACGAGAUCCCCAUCUCCCUCCAUCUCUGUCUCUGCCUCAAAGUUUCUCUGCUAUUACAUCUCGUCCUAUUUGUACUGUUAAGCGCAAACAUUGCCGAUAGAACGUACUUCUAGCCCCGCAAACAUCUCCAACUCUUCACAAACAAUCUUUAGACUUGUACGACAUGUCACAUUCUGCGAAACCCAUACAAGAAAUGGGCGUCGAUUCCUUAAUAACUCGGUUCCAGAACUCGCUUGGUUGCGACCAAAACAAGCCCGACUUCAGAGAACUCGAUCUGGGCUCGCCCGUCUCUCCCCUGAUGACUACUACUCGGGGCUCCGUUGCCAAUGGUAGUUGUGGUGGUGCAGCCACUUCGAGCUGCAGUUCGAGCUCGUCUGGAUCCAUUUCGGGUAAGAAUAACAACAACCAAUUGGUUAAGAGAUCCGAGAGUAAGCCAAACAAUCUCUCCAGUGAGCCCUCCGGUUUGUCCGAAACCAGCCCAAUUACCCCCGAGAGCCUCCGAUCCGUUAAAAGUAACCAUAGUUCGAAACCGGGUCAUCGGCGAUCGGUCUCUGCUGGACCUCCAUUGAUCUACUCAGGUAGAAGCUUCAGUAGUGCUAGCAACAAUGCCUCUGGCAACGGAGCAACUUCAGCUUCAUCGUGUUCGAGCACGAAUGCAUUACCCAGUGGCAACAUUUGCUCCCCUGGGAAAAUCUUAAAGGCUGGUACCGCUCCUAAAAAUGCCUCUAGGACUGAUGUUUUGGGUUCUGGGACUGGUAACUAUGGCCACGGUAGCAUAAUGCGUGGUGGUGCUAAAUGGGCUUCCGCUGGAAGUGCUGCAGACACUAAUGUAACUGGGAAUAUACAGUUUGCAGGAGAAGCGGUGAUGCUUAAGCGUGCAAUGGCGAGUACUGAUCCCGAGGAGGUUAAAAAGGCUGGGAAUGAACUUUACAGGAGAGGGCAUUUUGCGGAGGCCUUGUCCUUGUAUGCUCGGGCUGUUUCGCUGUGGCCGGAUAAUGCGGCCUACAGGAGUAAUCGGGCGGCGGCAUUGACGGCACUGGGGAGAUUGGGCGAGGCGGCGUCGGAGUGUGAGGAGGCAGUGAGAUUGGAUCCUGGUUAUGGGAGGGCACACCAGAGGUUGGCAUCUCUUUAUCUCCGUUUUGGGCUGGUCGAAUACGCUCAGCGCCACCUAUAUUUCACUGGUCAACAGCCUGAUCAAUCUGACUUGCAGAAGCUAAAGUCAUUGGAGAAGCAUCUGAACCGAUGUGCAGAUUCUCGAAAGAUAGGUGAUUGGAAGAGUGCAAUUAGGGAAUCUGAUGCGGCCAUGGAAGUAGGAGCAGAUUCCUCCCCUCAGCUUGUUGCUUGUAAAGCUGAAGCCCUUCUAAAGCUCCAUAACCUUGAAGAAGCAGAGUCUAUUCUACUGAACAUUCCUAAGUUGGACAAUUUUCCUCCUUCCUGCUCACAAACCAAGUUCUUUGGUAUGCUUGCUGAAUCUUACCUGCUCUAUGUCCGAGCCCAGAUUGAGAUGGCAUUGGGAAGGUUUGAAAAUGCUAUUGUGGCAGCAGAGAAGGCUGGCCUGAUUGAUUAUAGUAAUGUUGAGGUUUCGAGGAUGUUAACCAAUGUGAAAAUGGUGGCAAGAGCUCGCUCCCUGGGGAAUGAUCUCUUUAGCUCUGGAAGGUUUGCUGAAGCCUGUUCGGCCUAUGGAGAAGGCCUAAAAUAUGAUAGCUCCAAUUCUGUUCUCUCCUGUAAUAGAGCAAUUUGUUGGUCUAAGCUUGGACUAUGGGAACAAUCUGUUGAAGACUGCAACCAGGCCCUCAAAAUCCAACCCAAUUACACCAAGGCCCUUCUGAGGAGGGCGGUCUCAAAUGCAAGGCUUGAGAGGUGGGUGGAAGCUGUGAGAGAUUACGAGUUAUUGAGGAGGGAACUUCCUGGAGACAACGAGGUUGCUGAAUCUCUACAGCGUGCACAAAUUGCGUUACAGGAAUCUCAUGGAGGGGAAGUUGGUAUGAACUUUGGUGGUGAAGUAGAAGAUAUUUCCAACCUAAAUAAGUUUAAAGCGGCAGUAUCUUCUCCUGGCGUUUCAGUACUUCAUUUCAAAGUGGAAUCAAAUGAACAAUGUGAAGAAAUAUCCCCAUUCAUAAAUAUGCUGUGUGUUCGAUAUCCAUCUGUUAAUUUCUUUAAGGUGGAUGUGGAGGAUCUCUUAGCAGUGGCAAAAGCUGAGAACAUAAGAACCGUUCCAACAUUUAAGAUAUAUAGGAAUGGAGAGAAAGUGAUGGAGCUAAUCCGCCCAACCCAUCAAUUAUUGGAGGACUCAGUGAGGAAUUGCAGUACCUAGAGCAAUGCCCAACCAUACAGCCAUUCUAUGGUAACUGUCCAGUAUUCACCAUAUCUACUCAACUCAUUCUAGGAUUAUUAGUUCUACCUGUUAGGCAAUUACCUUCAUAAUUGUUUCAUAGAGCUUUAAAUCAGAAAAACCCUCCGGAAAUUAGCGUCUUAGUUCAUAUUUGCGGGAUUAUAUUUUCUUUCCAUUUUGAUAUCUGUGAUUCAUUCUUCUACUUUUCAGUUCCACUAGUUGUCCUAAUUUUUUGUCAGACUUAUUCUUAUAUCCUCAUGUUCUAUAUUUUGAGGAAAGAGCUGAAAAUUUGUACAAUUUAUUAUAUUGUCUGCUUUGUUAAAACCUACAUAUGAGAGAAUGAGAGAGAAGAAAGUGAUAGUUGCUGUUA